UAAAGUUACCUACCUAUGGAAUAUAAUUGAAUAUCAGGCGAAUGUUGAUACCUCUUUAUAGAUAUUUGAAAAAUGUAUAACUUUAGAAACGGUUGGUAGACAUAACGGGUUUAUUCAAAUUUUUUUCACUUCUCGGACGACGUUGCAGCGCCGGUGCGACUGUUGUCUGGACAUGGUGCUCAAGUCGUUUUUACAGAUGUUCAACCCCAGCGUGGAAGCUGGUCCUGGACGGUUGGUCAGCCGGCACCCGUACAACGACGGCUUCAUGCCCGACUAUCCGUUGGAAGUUAUCGGUCACGACGGCGAGUGGGUCAAGCCACCUGAUGACAACUACGACGGAAGAGUGCAGACGGCCGACUACGUGGACGACGGUGCGGGUAAUGGUGCAAGUACAGGAGGUGAUACGAGUGGUAGUGGCGGUGCAAGUUCGGGAGGUGGCGCAGGUGGUACGAGUGGCGAUAGUGGACGCCGCCGACUGGGAUACUCCAUCCGGCAACAGAAGAUUGACGCGGCUAUCGUCGCAGAAGCUCCAAGUUCCGGUCCAGGGAUACGGCCCGACGACCAUCGGCCCUUUUCGGAUUUCAUCGUCAGCCUCCUCAGAACGGUUCAGCUGACCCCCCGAGCGAUGCUCAAAAAGUCAAAAGGCAAAUCACCCGGUGCAGUCUCGGUCACGAAGACGACUGUGCAUCAUUAUUAGCCGCAACAUAACGGCGGCAUCCCUAUGGAGCGUAUAGUAGCAAGACUUGGCGGCGGGUGCAGUGGGUGGGCUAACACUAGGGACAAACCAUUUUGAACUUAGUUUUUCAAACCUUUCUUCGACUGUCUAUAACACAUAUAGUUCAUAAUAUAUAACUUGUUGUAUAACAUAUAGCUAUAGUUCAUAAAUUCGUUCAAAGGUGCUUCGUGUCUUCAUCAUAAUAUAUGAUAUAGGUAAUACAACGUAGGUAUACGAAUAUUAAUAGCAAUGGACAAUAGUAUAAAAUAUAAUAUAACAUAUAGAUACUCACAAACAUACUUUCUAACUAAUUUUUUUAAUCGCCCGUGGGUCAUGAAAUUUCACGAAAAAAUGUACACCCCUUUACCAACGUCACUGUCGAACACCAAAGUUGGUUAGGUAAUUAUAUUUAAACUAUAUUCAAGAUUUUUAAUUACCUAUACGUAUAUUUAAAAUUUAUUUUUUCCCUCGACUUCCUUUAGUCUUCUCGUUUAGUUCUCGUUUUAUUUUAGUGUAUUUAAUUGUAAUUUUAUCAAACACGCAUUAUUAGCGUUAUUAUAUACUAACCUAGCAUUAAUAUUAGCAAAAAAAAUCACAUUUUGGAGAAAAAAUUAUAUUAAUUUUUAAUUCGAUCUUCUAUUCUAUAUUAGCACAAACCUAAUGGGUAAAUAAUAAUUGUUCCAUUCUAAUCGGCUUACAACAUGAACAAAACUUCAAUUUAUUUAACUUUUUAACAUUAUAUUCAAGUUCCAACUCCGGGAGUGGUUCGUAUAUAUAUUGCGUACAAUAUAUAUGGUCUACAAGAACACAAUUUGUGUUUAUUUAAUUUUUUUUCGGCUCCAAGGCCGAGACUAAAGUAUGAAUAUUGUAAUAUUUGUAAUGGACAAGUCGUGCUAAUUCGCACGGACUUCUGGUGCGCUUACUAUAUUAUAUUGUUUAUGUUGAAAUGUUCAAGGAAAAAACAAUCAACAUCCCGAUGUUUGUUCGAUACGUCAUAGUGACACAGUGUCAUAUACUAUAUAAUAAACCACGAUGCACAUUUAAUUUAAGUCAGUAUAUUAUUAUGAUAUUUGCACGCUGAUGUAUGUAUAGUUGUCACAUUGUUAUUACGUAUUAUAGUUGUAUUAUAUUAUAAUAUUAUGGUUACUGGUUUUUUUGUACUAACCCGGUUUGUUGCGCGAUUGUUUAAU